AUGGCCGACAGUAACUACUCACCUACCGUUAUGAUGGAUAUUUCCGUCGGUUCUCUCGGCGUUUUCCUCGCUUUGAUUUCGAUCGUUUGUUAUUUCGUCAGGAUCAGACUGAUGGUCGGCGCCCGCGGUCUGCCCUCAUCCACACGUCCGCGGUUGCUGGUCACCGACGGUCUGCCCCUGACGCCCACACCGCGGUUGAAGGCCGCCGACGGUCUGUCCACGUCCACACCGCGGUUGCAGGCCGCCGACGGUCUGUCCACGUCCACACCGCGGUUGCAGGUCGCCGACGGUCUGUCCACGUCUACUCCGCUGUUGGUGGCCGUCACCGUUCCGCGAGUUCGCCAGAGUUCCGGAUCCGCCAGAAUCGCCGACAAGUUCCGCGUGUCGGUAAAUCCGUUCACGCCGACCGGCAUCGCGAUACUGAAAAACCGAAAGAAACGCGUAACCGGAUCGAACGACGAUCUUCUCGGCAUCGCGGGUCUCGAGUACAGUGACAACCUCGGUGACGACUGCUUGGGCGCCGGACAGUGCACGCCACCCGACAACAAAUCGCCUGUUCCCGUCCAUCCGUCCGUCGUCAGACGUCUGGUGGACAGUGGCAAGGUGACCAACAUCAGUAUACGCGAACUGCAGACGUCCCGAUUCAACGAAGAGUUCAGGAUAGACGAGUUCAUCGCCACAGGUAGUUUCGGAGUCAUAUACAAGUGCACAAAUCUAUUCGACGGGAUACCGUAUGCGAUUAAAAAAAUCAAACAGACCGUGCACAGGAGCCCAGAAUACCUGGUCCGGAAGGAGGUGUACGCGAACUCGGUGUUUGGGCGACAUCCCAACUUGGUUUCGUACUUCACGGCCUGGUACGAGAGGGGUCACAUUUACAUCCAAACCGAGUUCUGCCACGGAGGCACCCUGGAACGCAUGAUCCACGAGUCUGAUCAUGUGUUUUGCGACAACGCUCUGAGGCGAUUGUUGUGGCAUGUGUGCAAUGGCCUGGCUCACAUCCAUUCCAAAAAACUCGCUCAUUUGGACAUAAAAUCAGCUAACAUAUUGGUAUGCAAAACUAAUGGGUCAUUGCUGUUUGCCAAUGAUCUAGACGACAAAGAAGAAGAAAUAGUUGACAAACAUAUCGUUUAUAAGAUAGGUGACUUUGGGCAUACAAUAUGUGUUGAAGAUGUCCGAAAUAUUGAAGACGGAGACUCUCGCUACUUACCUAAAGAACUAUUACGUGACGAUUAUUCUCAGUUGCAGAAGGUCGAUGUGUUUUCAUCUGCUCUUACAGUAUACGAGGCAGCAACUCGUAAACAUUUACCUAAAAACGGACCAGAAUGGCAUCGUUUAAGGAAUGGCGAAUUUUCAUUACCUCAAACUCCAUUUUUCAGCACGAGUCUUGAAAAAUUGCUAAAAAAAAUGAUAGAUUUGGAUCCUACCAAUAGACCUAGUGCUUCUAAAGUGGUUAAUAUUUUGCUCGACAGAGGAAUGGCAGCAACAAAAGAUCAAGAUGAAAUGGAAGCGUUGAAAUUAAGUGCUCAAUACCUUUCACCUUGGUUAAUCGAUUUAAAACCGCCAAGAACAGCACUAUCAGGUAGAAGUAACUAUAUUUAUACGGACUGA